UGCAUGCAGCUAUUGAUCAUCUAUAUGUUCCACACCAGCCUGUUGGCUGCCUUUGUAAGUUAUAAAUACAUAAUAAAAACAUUUUCUGUGCCUCUGUCCGUCAUAGAGAGAAGAAAAAAAAUUAAUUAAGAGGAAAUUAGUGCACAGCAAUGGUGUCAUUGAAGAUGCAGAAGCGGCUGGCUGCCAAUGUACUCAACUGUGGUAAGCGAAAAGUGUGGCUCGACCCCUACGAAGCUUUUCAAAUAUCCAUGGCCAAUUCCCGGAUGGACAUAAGAAAGCUUGUGAAGGAUAGUCUUAUAAUAAAAAAGACUGAUGUAACUCACUCGAGAUGGAGAUGGAGGCAAUUCUAUGAUGCGAGGAGAAAAGGAAGGCAGUGUGGAUAUGGGAAGAGAAAGGGAACAAGAGAAGCAAGGCAACCAUCCAAGCUUUUGUGGAUGAGAAAAACCAGAGUCCUAAGGCGACUCCUUCGGAAAUAUAGGGAAACGAGCAAGAUUGAUAAGCACAUGUACCAUGACAUGUACAUGAAGGCUAAGGGAAGCGUUUUCAAGAACAAACGUGCACUCCUUGAAAGCAUUCACAAGGCUAAUAGAGAUCAGAAAGCGACUGAUCAGAAUGCUCUUUUUGAUCAGGUUAUAGCUAUCAAAGCCAUCGGUAAGGCUAGCAAGGAAAGGGUUACAUGGAAGAAACAAGGAUUAAGUCAACAAAUGGAAAUGACUGAUGUGUUGAAUAUAUAAAAGCUUAUUUACUUUCAAACUUUAUGUAUAAAUAUAAAGUAUCGUCAUCACAGUAACUUUAGGAUAUGUAUGGUACGUCUAAAUAAAGUGAAUGGUAUGUAAUAUUGAAAUAUAAAUUAAUCAAGUGCCAACUCCCAUAAUCAAUCUUACGCCCAAACGAGAGCGAUAGAGAUGAAAUCCGUUCCGCCCACAAAGACAACUCUAUUGUCAACUGAUUAAACUUGAAAUUCCACUUAUGUGAUCCUGUAGAGAUGGCAGAAAAAUUUUAAACCACAUCUUGCUAGCUAAUUCAUCAUUUAAACCUUACCAAAAUUGAAACACCCGAGGGUGUCGGGGCCAUAACAGCCCAAAUUAAAUACUUCAGGAUUUCUUUCCAUCUG